AUGCCAUCGCAAGUGCGCCUCGGAACCCUAUGCCUUCUUGGCAUCAUAUCCCCCAUCAUCCUUGCAGACGACCUCGGUCUAGAUAGUGGAUAUGUCUCCUUCAACACGGCCAAUCUUCAUGCAAAAAUAGUGGUUGAGUCGCAGGUUCUGGUAUCAUUGACUCCCGCCAACGACGACUUUGAUUUCCUCCCCUUUGACUACCUGAGCCGAAGGGCAUCAAAUGGACAGUACCAUUGGGGUGAUAUCACGUACCGCUAUCGUGAGCAAGGCAGCAGCGCCGCAUGGCAGGACGGAGAUUCUGCCGCCAGUCGGCAGCCCGUCACCGCCAUCACCAAUGUCACUUCGCAAUUGGCACCGACACUGCCCACAGGGCCACUGAAUAUUACUCGGCAAUGGAUCGACGUGGACGGAGACUUGGGCCUACAGUUCACUCUGCAAAACUCGGGUUCCGUGUCUCUGGAGCUCGGCGGACUUGGGUUCCCGGCCGAGUUCAACAGCAUAUUCACCGGUCGUGACGCCAGUACCAUGUUGGCGGAAUGCUCUCUGUCUGAUCCCUACAUUGGCCUCGACGCUGGUUACAUACGUGUAACGCCAACCUCUGGCACUGGUGCAGCUCUAGUGGUUACGCCGCUUCAGAACACUCCCUUGGAAGCGUAUCGCAAUCUCAAUGAGCCUUACUUCGACGACACAGCUUAUGGCAGUCAAACAUUCGAAGGUUUCUACGAGUGGCAGGUCUAUUCGACCGCUUGGGCCGAGAAUGAGUGGGCGGCAGUCGAACCCUGGAACCCAGCAUCGUCCGCCACCCUCGAACCUGGCGCCGAGCUGCAGUUUGGCCUACGCUUUUCUGUAGCCCAAGAUGGAGCCAGAGGAAUCGCCCAAACUGUGGAAAACACGGGAACUCCAGUCGCAAGAAGCGUACCAGGAUAUAUCCUACCUACGGAUUUGACGGCGCAACUACUCUUGAAGCACAGCUCUGGUUUGCAGACGAUAGAAGCCGAACCGGCUGGUUCCCUGGUGCUGACUCAACUGUCCGAGGGACUAUACUCCGUUACACCUUCUAGCUCAACAUGGGGUCGUUCGCGACUGACAAUCACGUAUGCUGAUGGUCUUGUUCAGACUGUCCAUUACUACUUGGUCAAGUCUGGAACAGAAGCAAUCAGCGAUCUCGGCACCUUUUCGACGACGGCUCAAUGGUUUACCGACAUAUCUGACCCUUUUGGCCGAGCUCCAUCCGUAAUGACUUAUGAUUAUGAAGCGAAAGCGGCAAACCCUCGAGUCUGGAUUGCCGGGCUUAGUGACGAGGCCGGUGCUGGAUCCUUUCUGGCUGCCACCAUGAAGCAAUCCAUACAACCGAGUGCAUCCGAAAUCGCCAAGCUUGAAACGUUUGUCGACGGGGUUCUUUGGAAGACGAUCCAGACGAGCGACUAUGCUGUUCGAAAGAGCAUAUUCUACUACGAGCCAUCAUCCGUCGACUAUGAUUACAGCUCAAGUUUGGACUGGGGCAAUUGGUGGUCGUGGAACCGAGAUGCUGCUUACAGCAUAGAUCGUGCUUACGAUUACGUCCAUGUCUCUGCUGCGUACUGGGCUCUGUAUCGCGCCGCUCGAUCGUACCCUGAUCUGUUCAGCAGCCAUGACUAUACCUGGUAUCUGAACCAGUCGUAUAACACGGUGGUGCGAAGCAUGCAGACUGACGUUGGCUAUAAUCAGGUAGGUCUGAUGGGGGAGACGGUUUGGGGUGAACUCCUGAAUGAUUUGGCCCGAGAGGAUUGGACUAGUCAGGCAAACACUCUGACGAGCCUGAUGAAGUCUCGAGCUUCUCGGUGGAAUUCCGAAGAGGUCCCCUACGGGAGCGAGAUGGCGUGGGACUCGACGGGUCAGGAAGGUGUAUACUACUGGACCAAAUACUUUGGAUACGCCGAUUCUGCCCUCAAAACGGUCAAUAGCGUGCUGGGAUUCAUGCCAACGGUUCCCCAUUGGGGAUGGAACGGGAAUGCACGUCGAUACUGGGACAAUAUUUACGGCGGUAAACUGCAACGGAUUGAGAGGCAGAUUCACCACUACGGAUCGGGGCUGAAUUCCCUGGUCCUUCUCUCGGCCUUUCGCAGCGAUCCCACUGACGACUAUCUGAUUCGUGUGGGAUACGGCGGCAACAAUGGGCCCUUGUCCAACAUCAAUCAAGACGGUUUCGGUGCAGCAUCCUUCCACUCCUGGCCAGACACGCUCGAAUGGGAUGGAUACAGUGGAGACUACGGACCAAAUUUCCUCGCGUUGGCGCUGGGCUCUGGAACCUAUGUCGUCGAUGAUGAGGACCUAGGCCAAGUCGCCUACGGAGGGCUGCUCGAGUCUGACGGGACAACCAUUACAGUCGAGACACGCGACCCCGUCAGGAGGCGUGUCUUUAUCGGAUCUCUGAAUGUUUUCGUCACCAUUGAUGCCGGCAUCAUUUCUCAAUUCAGCUUUGACGAGUCGUCGGGCUCAGUGACACUCACGCUGGCGCAACUCGAUGGCGUCCCGGCAGCCGAGAAUGCCAUUGUCUGGGUCGAGACAACAGCGGGGACGGCCAACUACACAAUUGCCGGGGCUGAAGCAGCCAGAGGUGGUUGGCAAAUUCCUCUGGAUACAAGUUCGCUUUCUGUCACUCUGACUCGAUCAUAG